UUCUUUACUUUCUCUUGUUUUUUGUAUGCACAGUGAGACUGUAAAAUUUGGCCACGUUACUUUCUUCUGGAAUGGGAAUCGCUCUGGAUGCUUUAACCCUGAAAUGGAGGAAUAUGUGGAAAUUCCAAGUGAUAGUGGAAUCUCAUUCAACGUCCAGCCAAAGAUGAAGGCAUUGGAGAUUGCUGAAAAGGCAAGGGAUGCUAUUCUGAGCAAGAAGUUUGAACAGGUACGUGUUAACCUACCCAAUGGGGACAUGGUGCGGCAUACUAGUGACAUUGAGGCCACAAUUGUUGCCUGCAAGGCUGUUGAUCAAGCUGUCAAGGUAUGAUUGCUAUAGUUUUCUGUAAUUGUCUUUAAAGUUAGUUUUGAAGAAAUGGUGACAAAUUUUUGAUAUGGAUAUAUAUCUGAUGGUUUUGUAUUUAAUCAAGUUGAAAAAUGAAAAGAAACCUACUGAUUAUUGUAUUCAGUCAUCAAAAUUACUGUCCACUUUCGCAGGUUUUAAUUUAUGGUUUUGUUUUUCUUUGUUAAGGUUCCCAUUGCUAUUGGAGGCCACGGACUGGCACCUGGUUUUCGGUUCCGCAAGGAUCUUCCGAGUGGUGGUCUUGCCAAUGUUGCUGCAACUAUGAUCAAUCUGCAUGGAUUUGAGGCCCCUUCCCAAGAGAACAUAGGGAAAAGAAUUCUCACUCUAUUAUUUCCUAAAUUUUGAUGUUAGGUUACAGAUGCCCAUUCAAAGAGGCAUUGACUUCCCUUAUUUUUGUUAAAUAAGUUUGAAAAACUAUGUUUGCUCACAGCUGCUGUGAGAGUACUGGGAUUUGGAGAUGACACAACAGUUGAGAUGAAAAUGGAUUUUUGCUA